AUGAUUGACAGCAUUCGUUUGGACGGGCCGACGUUGCGAGCCUUCACGUGUCCAACAUGCGGAAGAACUCCGGAGGACAUUCACAUUGUAUACGCGUUUCUUCGUCGCUUGGAGACAUUUUCACGACUUGGUGACCAUGCGCUGAAGGCCAUUGCCAGUUAUGCUCGUUACGAGAAGCAUGAAGAAAAUACCCUGCUAUUUCGGUGA